UGAACAUGUGAUAGUCCAUGAUUGGCCUUCUGAUCGUCUGGUCGCCGGCGAUAGUCAAGACACACACGAAUUCAUUUACAUUAACAAUCUCGUUUUUGAUUUUUUCGCCUGAACCUGAAAAGUUGGAACUGGCACCACCACCUGCUUUGAUGCCAAGGAAAUCGUGUGAACAGGAUCAUCAAUUUCCACCUUAACGUUCCCAAAAAAAGGUGCACUACACACUACAUUGACAGAAAAUAAGACUGCCAGGAGGCUGGAAGAAGGAACUGUGAGUUGUCCACGAGCAGAAGAAGAAGAAGAAGAAGAAGAAGAGAUCGAUGAUGAUGACGUCAAAGAGCCCCCCAUCACAUGACUUGGAGUAGUAGAGAAGAAGUGGGAGCUGCAGCCGAAAUAGAAGGGAGGAGUCUAGUAUCGCCUUUGAAGUUCACGGUGGGCGUGACUUGACCACGUGAAGCCACCUCCCACUCUCCUUCACAUCCACCUUAGGACAACUGUGCUGGAACCGAAACGAAAAUUUGACCACAUUUCCUUGUGGUCCUUGUUCGGUUGUUAACCGGCGGCCAAAGAACACACGACUUGAUCUUGUAGUUAAUUCUCUCCUCCGGACACACAACGAAGAAGAAGGGAGGCGGAGGAAUAAAACAAAAAAGAUAAUCGAAAGACCCGAGAGAGAGAGCUGAGAGAGAAAGAGAAAAAGAAAGUCUUGAUAGAUUUAAAGACCUAACCGGAGGAAAGAAGAAGAAGAAGAAGAAGAUAUACACACCCCAAGACAAGAAGAGAUCACCCCUCUAAACCUACACAACCGAUGGGCAACAAGACCCGUACGAGGCGCACCAAAUGGAGGCGGCUCUCGCUAGGCGAUGCCUCAGGUCCUGAGGAGGAAGACGAUGAGACUCAGCAGCAACAACAGCAACAACAGCCAGAAGAGUUGACGACUGGUUUGGUGGGCGGACAGAACGUGGACGUCGUAGUGCUGCACUCUGAGCGAGAGAAGGAAUCUGUUUGCGUUGAACACGACAAGAAAUCAGCAAAGUUUGCCUUGCGCCAAGAUUCGCCCGUCGUCGUGACGACAACAGUGAACAACAACAACAAUUCGACAACAACCUCAUCAUCAUCUUCUUCUUCUUCUCCUUUGGACGUUAACAAUUGCAGUAACUCGGGCGCAUCCGGCCAGGAAGGCGAGCUCCCAAAAUCCGACAUGAUGGUCUCCCAUCAUCAACAACAGAAUAAUCAGCGCGGCGGACCGGCCUGGAAAUUGCCGGCCAACAAUUCACAGCAGCCGCCAGUCACGAAGAACGGUGGCGGAGGCGGUGGCUAUUACAAUGUCAAUAACGGCUACAACUCUCCGUCCAGCAGGCCGGCUCCAGGUUCUUCCAACUCCAGUGCUGCUGCCACGUCCAACGGCGGAUUCCGUCGAGGCGGAGGCAACAACGGCCCGUCGCCGCGCUACAACAACGGCGGAGGCUCGUUCGCCAACGGCGGAGGAGGAGGCUACAACGGCAGCUACGGACGGGCCAACUCGUGGAACAGCAGCUCGUCCAACGGCUACACGAACGGCGACCAUCACCACCACCACCACCAUCACCACGGAGGUCCAGGCCUGAGCAAAAUGCACGGCAUCGAGAAAAAGAUUUUCAACGACGAAGAGUACACGAAAAUCUCUACACCGCGCCAGGAGGUUCUCUUCAAGAAAGGAUCGAUCGGAGCCAAGAAGAAGCUGUCGACGACGGCGAGCGCGCCGGCCGCCACUGCUGGUGGCACGUCGGCGGGAUCGGCUUCGCACACGGACAGCGGCAGCGAGCAGGACAGCGUCAACGGCAACGCCGCAUCGCUCGGCUCGCCACUGACGCAGGGCGACUCGGCCGACCCAUUUCAAUACACCGGCAACGAUAGUGGAUCGACGGGCGAUGCCUCUUCCACGGCCGGCGAAUCGGCCGCACCUUGCGAUUCCGCUUCGAUGGCUGCCGCUGCAUCCGGAGCGGCGCUCCAAGCUGGAUACGGCGAUGGCACUCCACUCGUCUGUUUUCCCAUGUACGAUUUCUAUGGCGGCUACGGCGGCAUGUAUCCCGGUAGUAUGCUGGUCCAAACUUAUCCUGGCGGACCGAUUGUGGCAGCCGUUCCCGUCCCGAUGCCCGUCCAGACGAUCGAUUGGUAUCGAGGAGGAGCCGCCGGGGCCAACGGCGCCGGCUCUGCCGCUGACGGUACCAACGGAGAGGUUGGCUAUUACUACGCCCUGGGCUAUCCAGCCGGAAGUGAGCUAGGCCUCGGUUCCAGUCAGCUUCCGGAAACGAGUUCCAGCAGCCGAAGGAAUUCACUCGAAUCUUACCAAGCCAGCAGCCAGGAGGUGAUGACGGGCAGUGAGACUGGAUCGGAGAACAGCAGUCCGUGCCAGAGCACGGGUCCCUCAUCUCAAGGUCCGGCCUCCCCUCAGGGUGAGCUGGUUUCGCCCGCCAUCGACCCCAAAGCCCAGACUGGCGGAGGAGCGGCGACGGCGGCCGCCGCGGCCGCCGUCGUCAUGGACAUGACGAUGAUGUCGCAUCACCACCAGCAUCACGAGAAUAAUCUCCACCACCACCACCACCACCGCAAAAUGGCCGUCGCCGGAUUCGUUUAUCCUUACCCCGCCGCCUACGGCCUGGCACCACCCCUCUACACUUCCGGCGGCGGCAGCUCGGAUCAACUGUGCGAUCCGAAUAAAGCUCAGCUCUACUACUACUACCCCGACAUUGACGGCUACUACCCCGAUCCGUACGAGCAAUUUGAGGAGGAAGAAGAAGAAGAAGAAGAGAUGGAAGCCAUGGAUGUCAAUGCCGAUGUAGUCAUGGCGACGACGCCAGUCGACUGUCCGGAGGAGAUGCAGUUGACCGAGUCGAAAGCCGUUGAAGCGGAUGAGAAUCGACUGGAGGAGCAGCAGCAGCAGCAGCAGCUGGACGGCGACGAUUUGAGCGAGAAGGUGGCGCCAAAAGAGCUCAAAGACGGGCGAGAAGUGGAGGCCAAUCCUUCGGCUGGCGAAAAUGGCGCGACCGGUCGACGGAAGAAGAGGCGCAAGAAGCGGAAUAAGACUCCGGCGACGACAACAACGACUACGCUGGAACCGCUGGAUCGUACGGAAUCGCUACUACCCCCACCGGCCAGUCAGCCAUUAGCCAGGGUUACUGAUGACGGAGCGGCCCAAGACGAGGAAGACGAGGAUGAGGCUGCGACGGUUGAAUUACAAGAGGAGGAGGAGGAGAAGGAAGUGACGAUUCCGGCCACCUCCGCUUCUCCAAGUAUUAGUCUAGUUGUUGCCAACGAUCCAGCCGAGUCGUCGUCUCGUGAUGUUUUGCUCGUUGAUGAGGCCGUUCAUCCGCAUCACCAUUCUAGUCGAGUCGAACCAACACCACCACCACCAGCCCUCCCGUUGUUAACCACCACCCCAUCCCAUUUAGUCGAUUCCGGUGAUCUGUCGCCGCCACCGCCGGAAUCGACCUCUCCCGAGUUACCCACCACUUCCAACGCGCCUUCCACCACCGUCGAAGAGAAUCCUGUGCCCGACAUAAUAAGUAGCAGCAGCAGCAGCAGCCAGUGCUGUGAUGAUGGAAUUUCACCGCCUCCGGUUGUUGCAGUUGCCCAGGAAGAAGAAGAAGAGCAGAUUUCUUCGCCUGAACAUUGUAUUUCCUUUGUACCCGAGUCAUCCUCAGCUCUAGCCGAUCCUCCAGAGACGAUGGAGCCGCCCGUCUUUUGUUCGACGCCCUCGUUCCCUUUGUCGACGCUGCCGUCGUCAAUUCCCAGUUUACACGAGCCGCCCGCCAGCAGCUCGGCUGCAAUUUUUGUCAUCCCUCCUCAAGUCAAAGAAGAAGUCAAAGAAGAAAAAGAAGAGUUUCAAUCGAGUAGUCUGAAAGCGACAGAUGUCGCCGUCUUAUUCGCCGCCCAACUUUUGUCUGAACUCUUGCCCGUCCCAGUGAAAGCGGAGCAAACGGAAAUGGGUGACCAUCCGGCUGGUGAUUCUCCUCCUCCACUCAACGAUGGACAAGUCAAAUCCGAGACCGGUAACAGCAGCAGCAGCAGCAGCAUGACGGAUUCCAUCGAGGAAGAUAGUCUAGACAAGAAAAUGGGUCAACAACAUGUCCAGGAAGAAGAAAGUGGGCCCAUCGAUCGAGACUCCCUGGACGAUGAUGAAGGGCCAACUUCAUCAUCCGACGACUUUGUUUACCUCCAGAUGGAUGAUGAAGAAAUGUUGCUGAAGAAUGGAGAAGAAGAAGGAGAAACUUCGCCCGAUGUUUACUUUGAAGACGACGAGCCGGAAGGAAUGGUUUUGUGCGGAAGCGAUGAUCCACCUCCCGGCGAUCCGCCUUUGAUGCUGCAACCUCUGGAACUCUGGAGGACAGUCAUCCUGGAAGAAAGCGAACCUAAUUCGAAAGAAAUGAGUCCUCUGUUGUGCAGUGAUUCCGGAAUUGGCGCUGGAACACCAUCUCCUACGCCGAUAGCUAACGAGUGCCCCAACGGGGAUGACGCAACAACAGCAGCACCACCAUCAACAACAAAAACAACCAAAUUGGAAACUGGACCCAUCACCAAAGCUGUCAGCCUCUGGCUGGAAUCGGCACCGAUCCAGCAGCAGUUGAUUGCCUCUUCCAGUUCGGUUGCUUUCAUGGAGGACGAGACGGACGAGGAUGACGACGACCUCUACUUCCACCACCAGGAGGUGGAAGAAGAAGAAGAGGAGGCGAUGAAGAAGACGACAGCGACAGCAACUACUACGGUUCCAAAAAACGGGGUAGCGACCCUUCGUACUGCUCCAUCCAGUGAUGACGACGGCCACACCCUCGCCACCACCACGGAUGGACCGGCAAUGCGGAGGGUCGGUUCCGAUUCAGCCCUGGACUCCACUGCGGAUCUAUCUGGUGAGCUGCUACAAGACGAACCUGCCUCUGAGCUACUGACUCAGACUUGCGAUCCGGCCAAGUUUUCGGUUUACUACCAACUGGGCGUGUCUGUCGAUCACGACGAUUCCGGCCUCGGAGACGGCGGAAUCAAAGUGGAGGAGGCGCAUUUGAUUGCGGACUCUGUGAAAUGUACGACGCUGGACGAUUCGAUCCAGCAGUGCAGUCUGAGUAACAGCAGCAGCUCGUUGCUGUCACCGUCGAAGAAGAAGAACAAGAACAAGAAGUUGACGCCAGCACAAUGCGAAGAAGCGGGAACCAAGAAGAAGAACAAGAAGAAGCGAGGCAAUUCGUGGCGCCGUGUUCUUCUCUUACACCGGGCAGUGCACAACAUGUCCAGGAGUGACGAUAAGACUUCGACCACUAACGCCACCGCACCUGCUACUACUACAACUCCUACUAAUAACAGACGGCUCAAAUCCGAAAGUCAAUCGUGCUGUGCGCUUCAGUGAAAUGAAGAAAACUUUGAAAAUAAAAUCGAGGAAAACAUAUAAAAAUUGGGGAAAAUGAAAAACAAUUGAACAGUUGAGAAAAAAAAAAUUUUUUUUGUUUUUGUUUUUCAAAAAAAAUUUCUGCCAUAACAAUCUUUUUUUUUGUUACAUUUUUUUGUUUUUUGAUUUAAUUGUGAUUCAUUCAUCAAUUGCGCAGUGAAUUGUUUGUUUUUUGGGUGUUAUAAGAAAAAGUGUGUUGGUGUUUAUGCGCGCAAGUGAAGAGAACAAAACGUAUCCGGCGGAAUAUGAAGUGUGACGCAAAGUGCAAAUGGCAGUUUUGAGUUCCCUAAUUCGCGGCGUUUUUCAUUCAUAAGCUGGAAGUUAUCAAAGAAGAAAGAAAAAUCGAAUUUUUUUUUUAAAUGGAAGGUUCUAAAAGAAAUGGAAUUAUGCAAGAGAAAAGUAAUAUUUGGACGAUUUGUGAUACGCCGUUUCUUCAUCAAUUUCUAGUGCGGAAUUGCGAUGGAUGUCAAUUUAUUUUUUCCAUUUUAUUUUUGGUUAUUAAUCCUCAAAGAGAUAUGUUUGUCUCCUCAAUUCUUUUGUUGACCCCGUUUUUUGGCAAAAAUUGGAGCAGACUGCAGCCAUUUAAAUGCAUAACAUUUGGAGAGAUUAAAUUUUUUCGAGGGGGGAAAUUCAAAUGAGACAAAUCCGCCGCCAUAUCCACAUUUUUUUUUCCUUGAUGCAUUUCUCGAUGGUUUUUUUUUUUAUUUCUUUUGAAUUAUUCUACACUGCGAAUUAAAAAUGUGAAAAAUAAUGGAAAAAUAUUCCAGUGUUGGAGAGAAACAAAACUAAAAGAAAACAAACAAAACAUAUUGAGCCCAUCGACCCCCACAAACAAAAUGACUGCCCUAAUUUUUCGCUGAAAUUGCUGCUGCCCUUAAUUCGUGUAUGUUUUUUAUAUAUUUCUUUUUUUCUUCACUGCCUCUAAUUCUAUAUAUUUGGAUUUGUUGGGAAAUUUCUCUUCAUUGUCUCUUUUUCUCUUUCCCCCCACGUCUGUGUUUGAACGGGAAAACUAAAAUCUACCCAAAUAACCUCAUCAAAUUAUUGGAUAGAAAACAACAACAAAAUUGCCCCCUUAAGAAAAAAACGAUAAAAAUUAAUUUUUUGUUUUGUUUUUUGGUUCUAGAUUAUUUAGAGCCCUGUGCCUUAUGCAAAAGAAAAAGACACCGAGUUUCUGUGUGUGUGUGUGUGUGUGUAGGGUAAUCGAAGCGACUACGAAAUGAAUUAAAAAGAAAAGAUUAAUGGAUUAUUGCAGCUAACACGCGAAAUUUUAAGAAAACAAAACAAAAAUUUAUAACUAUCGAAUAAAAAAAGGCACACACCUACACACACACCCCACCAUGCAAGACACGCAUUCACACACGGUCAUUAAUCAUAAACAACGAAAUACGGUUAUUAUAUUGCGCCCUUCGUGUUGUCGAUUUUUAUUUCCUUUUCUCUCCAUUUUCUUUCAUUGCUGUUGUCUAUCCUCCAUCCCCCAGUUGAGAAAGAAAUAAGAAUCCUACACGCAACAUUACAUCUCUCUCUCUCUCCCUUCUCUGGGGUGUUGUGUGUGUUAUUGAUAUAUAAUGAUUUGAUUUAUUAUCUUAAUAAUGUGUGUGUGUGUGCUAUACCGCUGAAACUUAUAUCUUCUUCCCUCUUUUCUUUUAUAUAUCGGUUGUCAAAUGAUACAUUUCUCGAUUGAAUUACCCUCACACCACCACCACAGACACACCUAAAGAUUUUUUUUCUCUCUUCUUUCUUAUUUGGUUGGUUUCUUCGUCAUAAAUGAUUUGUGUUAUGGCAUUUAUUUUUUCGUUUUUUUUUUUUUUUGUUUUCGAUCAUUCUACGAUGAUUACUAUUUCUAACUAUUCUAUACUAUAUAACUAAACUGUUUCAGUACUUUACGUGCACUAUAUACAUGUCUACUUGCCUGUGUUUGAUCGACGUUCUCCCUCGACCGCCACGUUUGACAUUUUGAGAGACGAAAGUAAAGAAAGAAGGAAUGCAAAAUAAGGAAAGAUUUUUGGGGGAAAUUUGGUUUUCUAACUAGACGGGACAAAUUCUUCCAUGGAGAUAAUCAAAGACGGUCGGCUCUUCCGCUUGAUCUUUUUUUUAUGAUUGAGCAACUAAAAAAAAAAAGAUGUAAUAAUAAGAGAUGAGGGAGAGAUUUAAUCACACACACACACAUCAACACACACACACACACACACACACUCCGGGCUGUCAAAAGCAAUAAUGAUACACACACAAAAUAAAAACUAAAAAAAAGAAAACUAAAAAAGAAAAUAAAUUCACUUGAGUUUUAAAUUUCAUUUUAAAUAUAAUAAUAAAUAUAUUUGUAAAUGUGAGUGUGUGUGUGUUUGUGUCUUAACAUCAUCAUUUAUAUACUGCUGCGUGUCGUUCACAUGAGAAGAAGAAAAGAAAAAAGACGUGAAAAUUUCUUUUAUUUACCAGCCCUCACCACCACGCCCGCCCAUCUAUGCUAUUGCUGCUGCUACCUCUUGUCCCCAGUGUCUGCCCUCCCACAUAAAAUCAAUGCUCCCCCCUCUACCCUCCAUCCAAAGUGUAUUUGGCCAUAUCCUUAUAUCCCCCUUUUUUUCGUCGUGUUAUUUUGUUGUUUUUUUCCUUUUUGUCGGAUCCGUUUUUACUUUGUCGAGUUUCUCCUCCGCCGUCGAUCCCAGAUGUCACAUUCACACUUUCAAUAUUUAAAAAAAGAAAAAAAUGUUUCAUGAUAUAAUAUUGAAUUUUUGCGACAGUUUCAUCUGCUGAAGGAGAACACAACGGAGGAGAUUGGAUGCAGCAAAUAAAACAAAAACAAAAAAAAAUGAAUAAAAAAGAA